AAUGAAUAAGAUCACUGUCUAUUGCGACUACUGAGACCAGUCGUCUUCCCAACUGCCUUUGCAAUGCCGCUCUCUUGAUUCACAGGCAUCAGCCAGAGGCGAGAUCUGCGAACUGCGAGCGCACCAGAAGACCGAGGGAUGGAGGUUUCUGGUGCUAGGUCGUUGGCGGCUGCUGUGGCGGCGUCCCAUUGGGACGAGCAACAAGCCUGAAGGAGCUAGUUCUCACGGGAAGAUCUUGUCAUUGUAAACAAUGUCUAAUCUUCCAGGUAUAAGAUGAGCGAGUUUAACGCUAAGACAGAAUUUUGAAAGGUCGUUGCCUGGAUGUAUAGGAAGGAUGAUCAACAUACUUGACUUGAGUGACAGAAUGUCCGGGACCAAGAUGUUAAGUGAAAAAGCACACAGAUAUGGUUCUAUAGUUAGUCAAAACAAACCUUAUGUCAAAAAGGCUGUCAUUCCAUGUCAAACUAACAUAAUUGACAAACAGUGGAUUCAGAUAACUAAUGAUCCAAAACAGAAUUUUUCAAGCAAGAUGUCUGGAACACCAGUGAAGAUGCUGAUAGCUCAAGAGAUGUCAACAGACAUAAAGUCUAAGCAGAAACCACUCAGUGUUGUUGCUCGAUUGAUGGGUCUUGAUGAUGAGUUAAAACCUCAGCCAUGCCCAGAAGAUAGCCAAAAUAAGUCCCAAGAAGGCCUUAAUCAAGCUUACUUUGCAGCACGUACAGAUUGCCAUCAACAAGAUAUAUUAAUUAACAAGGCAGUUCCUUCUCAGACUCAUCAAUCUGAUCGUCAAAAGGAACAAGGAGGUGCAAAUGAAGUUUGGCAGAAAUCAACUCAAAAGAGGGGAAGCUGUGAAGGUAAUCAGAACGAGAUAAAAAUGAUGCUUGCCCGUCAAAAGUUCAUGGAGGCAAAGAGUUUAGCUAUUGACGGGAAGUUUCUUCAUUCUAAAGAAUUUCAAGAUGCGCUGGAUGUUCUCAGUUCAAACAGAGAUUUAUUUCUCAAAUUUCUUGAUGAACCAAACUCCCUGUUCACAAAGCAACUAAACAAUCUUCCUUUUGCUGCAUCACCUCAGACAAAGCCCACUACAGUAUUGAAACCAUCGAAAGACGUUGAAGCACAGUCUACAAAAAUGGCCAAGAAACAGGAAUAUCCAGAAAAUAAUGAGAGUGCAUGUGGAACAAAAACUCACCAAUGUGACUUGAGUUUUAAUACUUCAAUGGCCAAAAGCGUCUCCCACCCAACCAGGAUAGUGGUCCUGAAGCCAAGCACCGGAAAAACCACCAGAGUACCUACUCCAACCAUAUCACCUGAGUAUCAAGUAAGGCAAUACCAUUUUGGUGACCAAUCAGAGAUUGAAGCCUUCAGAACUGCAUACACAGUCAACAGAAGUACUGGGCAGAUGCAAAAGACUUUUAGUGGACAUAAGAGGGAUGAAUCUUUGUUGUCUUCUGUGGUCUCUGACAGAUGUGGUCGGGAAGGAAGUUCAUUUGAUCUGUCAGAAAUUUAUUACAUGGAAAAUGAUGAUGGAUUUAGUGACUCUGAGAUGGAUAUAGUGACUCAAACAUCACGGCAGUCAUGGGACAGAUCUGGCAGUCCUUGCUCGCUCUCUUCAUUCAGUAAGGUUUCAAAAUCGCCUGAGUCAUCAGUAAUUAGAGAAGCUAAGAGACGACUUUCAGAAAGGUGGGCUUUAAUGGCGUCAAAUGGAAUGAAAGAAGCACAAUUGUCAUUGCCUAGGAAUACAACAACGUUAGGUGAAAUGCUUGCUAUUUCUGAGGUAAAGAGAGAAGAGUGUGUGCAUAAGUCUACUGUCUCAAGCAGCGAAUCAUGUGUUGGAGAAGAUGAAAUGAGGCAGCCUGCAUUCUGCUUCUCAGUAGGUAGGACAAUAAAUUCAAGAGAGCUUUCUCCUGGGAAUCUAUCUAGGUCAAAGAGUGUCCCAGUCUCAUCUUCAGCUUAUGAUGAUGUUGAAAAGAAAAUUGAAGAUCCACACUCUCAUAUCAGCAAAUCCACAGUGUUAGAGGUGUCCAGGGCCAAUCAUGGGAAUUUAUCUUUCGGCGGAAAAGUAUCUAGUUUUUUCUUUUCGAGGAGCAAGAAAGCUAAUAGAGAAAGACCUGUUUCGUCUCUCUUGGUGGGGACUUAUGAUGCUGACCUUGAAGUAGUGAGAACUUAUCUUAUGCCGAAAUCAACUGAGAGUUGUUUGACCUUUGACAAUAAAGUAAAUGAUGAGGAAGAAUCCAUAGUUGCGGCUUCUCCAGUAGCUGCCACAAAUGUGUCUGCAAAGGCAAUGCUGAUGCUUGCACAAGGAAAGACUGCUGACAAAUCUAAUGAAAAGCAAGAGAGAUUCAUUCCUAAACAAAAUUUCAUUAACAACCUGGAUCAGCCUAGCCCUAAUUCAAUUUUAGAUGCACCAUUUGAAGAUGAUGUAGAAAAAUUGAGCCAGUUAUCUGAAGAUAAUGCUGGAAAAAUAGCACUCUCUAGGUCUUCACAUAUAGAAUCAAUUGCACGUUCUUUAUCAUGGGAGGAUACACAUUUGGAAAUGUUAUACCACAAGCCUUCGAGUCUCCAUACUUUGCCUAUGACAGAAGAUGACCAAGAAUGCUUUGCAGUUGUUUGGAAAUUGCUAUCAUAUGCUGGAUUUGAAGAAUGGGAUAUGAUAUUUAAUGGAUGGCACUCUCUUGAUAGUCCAUUGGAUCCAAUAUUACUAGACAACUUCAUCAAUUGGCGAGAAGAGGAAUCUAUGGAAAAGCGGUCUAACCUGAGGCUCAUAUUUGAUUGUGUUAAUUCAGCACUAUUAGAACUCAGUUGCAACACCUUAAUGAGCAUCUGGCCACACAACAGGACAUGCCGUCAGGCACAGUUAAAUGCUCAUACAUGCUCCUCCUUGGCAGAUGUCGUGUGGGACAUAAUAAGGGACUGGUUUUAUAGCAACAAAACAAAUCUGUUUGCCGAGACUAAUGGUAUCCUGGUGGUGGAUACAACAUUGAGGAAAGAGGUGGGAAGAUUCAGUUGGGCUAAAACAACUAUGGUAGAGAUAGAGGAGCUCACUAAAGAAAUAAGUGGGGAGGUGCUAGAGGAUUUGCUUAGCGAAGCAUUGAAUACAUGUUUGAGCUGAUGCCUUGCCUUCCUCUUAGCUUCUGUUGGUGGACGAUAUGGUUGCUAUUAUCUGAGAAAGAAUGUUACAGUGCUUUGUUUUAUAUGUUUGCAUGAAUCAUGUUAUUCUCUGAUAGUUGAGGAUUACUUGAUUUCUUGCAUCCCUUUAAGCUUCUUUUCUGUUCAUGUUUCUUCUUCUCUGCAUGAGUGUUGAAAGGACAGAAUAGUCAUUAUCUACCUGAACCCAAAAUAGACAAAGGCCAUCCUUCAGAGUUCAGAACAGGCAACCAUGUGAUUUCUCCUACAAGGACAAAUGGAAUAGCUGAAAGUGUGUGAGAUCAAAUGAUCUCUUUUUCGCUUUUAUCAUGGCUUUUGUCCUCACCUGAUCAACUCCAGUUCAGGUUUAAUGAGGAUGGUAUCUUGAGUUCUUAAACUAGUCAGGCUGACUUAAACAAUGGAGGAGGAAAUCCUGAAGCCCAUGGACACCAUUGCUUAUCUACAGCUUGCUUUGCUUAUAUAAAGAAAAUGAUAAUCGAUUGUUGUGCGGCAGUGUCGGUGAGAUGCCUGUUCAAAAGCUAAGUUGGCAUCGAUUUGUCUGUGAUUUGAUUCUUUUGUUUUUUUGUUUGUCUGCAUUGCUGCUGUGUUUGGUUGUCAGAUUGCUAGUUCUGAAGGUGACGAUGUGUUUCCUCAAUCACAAAAGCGGGAAAGUUCUUUUCAAUGUCUUCAUUUAUGAGCUGUAUUGAUCUGGAAUGUCUGCAAAGUUUGAAUAGGUCAACUUUUAAUUGACUGCAAUAAGCUAUUAAUAUAAUGUAAUUGAGAAGAUUUCUUUG